AUGACGAACGCAGCGACUGCCAAAUCUAGCCCAGCACCGCGUCAACCCGGUCUACGCGCGACAUUUCAUCCUCGUAAAGAGGAAAAAGUAUUCCUUGCACGCGGAGAGCACCUCUUCACCUUGCCUGAUCGCCAGGUUCGCGUCAAGGUUCAAGUCAACGUCGAGGCCGAUUCGGACGAGGAUGCCAUCGAUGCCUCGGAGACCACGAUCACCAUCUCGAUCGCACAGGCAGAGCAGGAUGCUUUCAAUGCUGUAGCCAGAUGGGUCAAGCUGGAUCGUCUUGCCAAGACGAGCUUGCAUGGUGUUGUCAACGAAGAUCGGGCUACCUUUCAACAUGCAUGGGCUUUUGAGCUGCUCAACGAAACCAGCGACUCCCACAGGGUAAUCUGGGCUGCAAUCUAUGCCUUUUGGAUCCGACACAAGUGGUCCGAUCGUCUGGCCGUGUUGUUCCAAGGCUACGGUGCGGCAGAACAGCGAUCGCAUGUGGUUGCAGUCGGCCUGGGCUCUGUUUCACCCACCGACACCGAUCUCAUCCUCCUUGACCGCAAUGCUUUCUGGCAAGGAGCCGGUGCACCCGCCCAUCUCCACUGGCUGCAAACCCCUGUGCCCUCGAGUGGUCUCUUCCCGUACAUUUCGACUUUUACUCAGAGCACCUCUCCACCCGUCCUCGCGAUGCACCCGUUGCGACCACCGAAACCAGCUCCUGGCUCGGUGGUGUACUCGCGCUACGUCUUCUCCUGCUCGCAACACCUCGAGCUGGUGCAUAUCGAUGGUUCGAACCCACAGCAUUUCGAUGCGUACUGCAGGUGGCAGAACAGCGAUAGGGUUAAUCAGGGAUGGCGAGAAAAGGGCCCCGAAGAGAAGCAUCGCAAGUACAUCGAGGACAAGAAUGCCGACCCCCAUGCCAUGGGUGUCCUGGUUCUCUGGGACGGCGUCCCUGCGGGAUACGGCGAGAUGGUCUGGAGCAAAGAGGACGGUAUGGCCGCGUUUGUUGGCGGCUUGGGAAACUACGACCAAGGCACCCACCUCCUCAUCGGAGAGGAGAAGUUCCGUGGCAAGCACCGCUUCACAGCUUGCAUGGUUUCGCUCAAGCAUGCUUGCUUCCUUCGCGACCCCCGGACAGAGGUGGUCGUCGGCGAGCCACGCUACGACCUCGACAUCAUUCCUUUGUUGGCUACCUUCUUGCCACAAGAGAUCAGAAAGGAGGUCGAGCUACCCCACAAGCGCGCUGUGUUUUUUGUUUUGCGACGCGACCGGUUCCUGGAGGAAGGCAUCCUCGAGUGA